AGUUUUUGUAUCUCAGCAAAAUGGCGGCUGCGCCGUCGAAUGCCGUCCAAAAUUUAAUUCAUGAUUUCGAGGAUUUUCACAAGAACCAUGAUGGGGUUCCAAUAUUUUUAUUGGAGGCGGGACCGAUUGAAGAAAAUAAGGAAGAAACAAAUAACAAACUAACACUCAUGAUAGAUAAUGAAUACGAAGUAGAAUUACAGUGUCCACCGGAUUAUCCCUCUCAUACUGAUGCUUUUUAUUUAAACACAAAGAGCACAUCGCUAUCUAUGUGGGCCAAUUCGGUUAAUGAGUUCCUUCUUGAUUCUCCUCAACCUCUUCGUAUUCAAAAUAUUCUAAAGAAGGCGGCUGAACUUUAUCACAAUGAUCGGGUAAGCACGGAGGAUGAAAUGGACGUGGACGAUGAAUGUGGUAUGGAUGACGACUCAGCAUUUACAACAGAUUGGGAGCUGAAGAUAGCGAGGUUAAAGAAGAGAUGGAGUCACAAAGAAAAAAUGAUUCGAGAAGAAAAAGAAUCAGGAAAAAUGAUGCACACAAUGGGUCGAGCAACUGCAGCUGAUAAUAUUCAACAAAUUUUCACAUCAUCAGCAGCAAGUGGAAUUUUAACCAACGAUCUAAUUGAUAUAAUGGCAACUUGUGAGGAAACAGGAAUUUCUGCCGAACCUAUAGACGACAACAUUUACAAUUGGCGAGUAAAACUAUCAUCAUUCGUUGACGUUUUGGGACAAGAAUUAGAGGAGGGAAUGAAGCGUUGGGGUUACAACUACAUUGAAUUAGAGUUGGACUUUGCAUUAGACCUAUAUCCGUUUUAUCCUCCAUUACUGCGAGUUGUCAGACCAAGAUUAGCAUCAUCUCUCAACCAACGAGUAACUAAUUUGGAUAUGCUUAAAUUGACUUACUGGGAACCAACUAGAUCAAUGAGAGACGUUCUAACAGACGUUCACAAAGUUCUUCAGAAAGUGGCAAGGAUCGACGUCGUAUCACCUCGAAACGACCCCGUGAAAUAUAGAUAUGGUGCUUAUCAUGACAUUGAACAUCACUUGCUGAAAUUGGCAAUUGUGACUGAGGUAAAUCCCAGAGCUUCUGCUGCCGUAAAUGAUUUACCUCAAGCUACACCGAAAUUAUCUCAUUCGAAGCAGUCGAAUGGAGGUACUAAAAGAGAAGAGUACUGGGCUGCUGGUACGGGAUAUGGACACAACAAACGGCCAGCUUGGGAUAUUCAAGCCCAUGUCGCAGCCCAAAAAGAAAAGGAUCGGCAAAUAGAAUCCGUUUUAAUUUCAAUUCUUAAGGAGUUGAAACUACUGUACGCAAAUCAUGCACCACAGUUAAAACCAAAGAAUGCAGCGAAAGAGAAAGAUUCUUCCGUGGAUCCAGUUGAAGACAUGUUGCACGUUCUUGAAGGAUCAGCCUUAAUUCCUUUUCUGGAGCAACAGCUUACUGCCGCUAAAUCUGUUUUGGAAAUGGGACGUCACACAGCAGUAUACAAGGCCAUAGUUGACGUUCUAAAAGAAAUUUCUUUACAACCAGCCCUAGUCCCUUUAUUAGCCAAACUACCUAAUCAGACACAAUCAAUCUAUGAGUUGUUGAAAGAGUUAGAGGAAAAGGCAAAUGUUAUGCUUACACAUAUUUGUAAAGCAGGUAAUGGUUCUAUACCUAAGCUAAAGAAUGUCCCAAAAAGUAAUUCGCCUUCUUUGAGUAAUUCUCGACGGCCGAAAAAGAUGAAAACUAGUCAAAGAAAAGUCAGUUCCUCUGAGACAAAAGGAGAAGAUGAAAAUACCUCAGAAGAUCAGACUCUAGAUGAGGAGAAGUUAGCAAGAGAUUUUGCUGCCUUAUUUAAUGAUGUGAAAGAAGCAUUUGAAAGAGUUGGUAUAGAAACUACUAUAACUCGUUCGUCAUCUUCCGAAGAAAGUGAUAAAGGAGAGCAAAAUUGUGAGGAACUUUACAAAAGUGCAUUGAAAGAUUGCAUCUUUUCCUCAAACGAUAUCGAAUUGGAUGGACCUAAUGUGCAUUACAAUGCGAAAGACUUUAAUAGAAAUCCAUCACCAUCUUCUUCGCAGGUUGUUCGAAUUGCUCAAGAACUGACGACGCUAGCUACUAGCUUACCCCUUGAAUUGUCCUCGUCAAUAUUUGUUCGUUCGGAUGAAGAGAAGAUGAGUUUGAUGAGGGCGCUUAUUACAGGUCCAGAAAAUACUCCAUAUGCCCACGGCUGUUUUCUGUUCGAUAUCUAUUUGCCUCAUAGAUAUCCCAAAGUGCCGCCUGUCGUAACUCUUCAGACAACUGGUGGAGGAACUGUACGCUUUAAUCCAAAUUUGUAUCAAUGUGGUAAGGUUUGUCUAUCUUUAUUGGGAACUUGGGAGGGUCAAGCAGGUGAACAGUGGAAUGAGACAACGUCCACUGUCCUUCAAGUUCUCGUAUCGAUACAAUCUCUUAUACUUGUCCCGGAACCAUAUUUCAAUGAACCCGGAUACGAACAGGAAAUCGGAACUGAAGCCGGAAAGAAGCAUUCGGCUGAUUAUAAUCUGGAUGUCCGAGUUAACACUAUAAAGUAUGCCAUGUUGGCUCAUUUAGCCCACCCUCCAUCAGGAUUUGAAGAUGUUAUUCGAGCACAUUUCUACUUGAAGAAAAAGAGAAUAUUAAAAGAAGUAGAGAAUUGGUGCCAGGCUUCACCUAAAUCUGGAAAAUUGGAAAGAGCUGUUGCUUCGCUCAGGACCGAAUUAGAAAAACUGAAAGCACCUGCAUCAUAUUAUAAACCGGCGAAAAAGAUGAAAAAGAGACGCGACUUAGACGCUCUCGUUCAGAACAAGAAGACGAGAAAGAAGAGAGGUCAACAUUCCCUUCUACGAGAUGCAUCGGAAUCUUCAGACAACGAAGAGUUUAGUGUCUGCGAAAAAUCUAUUCGAAGCAGCAGGAAAAGCAGCGGACGAACAUGCGGCUAUUGCGCCUUGGGACUGGCGAGCAUUUCACUGAUCUUUUUUGCUGUUCUUUUGUGGUUUACUAUGAAACUUAGUUACGAUAUUUCUACCUUACAAAAAGAACUAAAAGAGCAUCAGAGACUACCAAAGCCUACUGAACAACCAGUGCAAAGGACAUUUAAAAUGUUGACUGACCGCAUUUCGAGUAUUGAAAGACUAACAAACAAAACAAUUUCUGGACUUGCUCAUAGAACUGAUCGUCUAAAUUCCUCUAUUCUUAGCGUUAACACUGCACUAAAAAGGCAAUCGGCACCGAAAAUCGAUGAUUUGACGAAAGAACUCACAAAUUUGGGUAGCAAGUUGAAGAGUGUAGAAAAUGAUCUUCACGCUGCUCACUCAGAAAUUCAAAAAAUUUCUCAUAGGCUAGUGGUAAUGAAUAAUUCAUAUCACGAUGGUCUUCUAUCAGUCAAUCAAGAUAUAGAAUUGCUCAAGCUAAAAUUUGGGAAAGAUGAAUCUCAGGAUAUAAGAAAUGUUAGUGAAAUUGUGGCAAAAGCAUUAGAAAAUCACUUUGUAAGCAGCGAUGAAUUUGCGAACGAGAUUAAUCAAUUGCGAGAAAAUCUAAGAAAUUUAUCAGAUUUGAGUGCACCAGAUAUAAACCAAAGGACAAAAAGUGAUAUAAAAGAAUCAGCAUAUACAGAAGACAAAAAAUCUUCUGAUGCAACCGAUGAUAAUUUCACUUCACUUCCGAUAACCACUGUUUUGCAUCCUACAGGCUCAGAAAAAUUGAGGGAAUUUCUUUCAUCUUUAAAAUCUUCAAAGAACAACCUCAACAAAAAUAAUUUUGCAGUUAAACUUGAUGAUCUCGUUCAGUAUUCUGGCACCACAAAGGAACAUAUUACUCCCUACGACACUAAUCAUGAUGAGACAUUAGACAAAGAGGAACUUUACAAAUAUUUUCAGAUUAAGACGUGA